GCUUCCAUGGUCGCUUCAUACCGGCUGCGUCAAGGGGCGCUGGCUUCAGUUUGUUGUGUUUGUUAGCGAAAUGUAAGCCUAACUACGGGAGGAUGUUACUUUUGCCACCGUACGAAGCUUUGUUAUCGUAAAUACGGACCGUGGCACGUCGGGUUACAAGGUUGCCGGGAUGACCGCUCGCAUGUCUGAAGCUGGCUCCGAUGCCGAAGUGAGCUCUGAUUCGGACAUUAGUUACAAUGACUACUACAAUUGCCCAGAGGACGGGGAAAUUGACCAGCAGGACCAGAAGAAGCAGGACCCCGAGUACUUUGAGUUUGAGUGCCUAUCUAUCGAGGAUGUUGAGCGACUGCUGAACGAAUCCGUCGAGUCCAUUUGUGCUAGCCUCAGCGUGAUGCCCUCGCUGGCAAAAGUCUUGCUUCACACCCACAACUGGAAUGCACAAGAGAUCAUCCAGAAGUACAAGCAGAACGCAGCGCAAGCCCUGGCCGAUGCAAGGAUCAAGCCACUGCGGUCCGCCGCCGUAGAAAUGCAGGCAUUAAGGAAGAACCCUUCAGUUCAGUGUCCUAUCUGCCUGCAGAACUUUGCUGGGGAAAGGUUCAGGGGCCUGGCGUGUGGCCACUACUUUUGUGCAGAUUGCUGGGCCAUGCACUUCGAGAUACAAAUCCUGCAGGGCAUUUCUACAGCCAUUGAAUGCAUGGCACAGUUCUGCAACAUUCUGGUCCCAGAGGAUUUUGUCCUGAGCCUGCUGAGCAAAUCGGUACUGCGUGAGAAGUACCAGCAGUUCAUGUUCUCCGACUAUGUGCGGAGUCAUCCCGAGCUGCGUUUCUGCCCUGGUCCCAACUGCAAUGUCAUUGUCCGAGCCAAAGAAAACAAGAGCAAGAGGGUCGUCUGCAAGAACUGCAAGACGACGUUCUGCUUUCGGUGUGGGGGAAACUACCACGCGCCAGCAGACUGUGAUACAAUCAAGAAGUGGAUCACAAAGUGUGCCGAUGAUUCCGAGACUGCCAACUACAUCUCUGCUCACACUAAGGACUGUCCAAGGUGCCACAUAUGUAUAGAAAAAAAUGGGGGUUGUAACCAUAUGCAAUGUUACAGUUGUAAAUAUGAUUUUUGUUGGAUGUGUCUCGGAGACUGGAGGACACAUGGUAGUGAGUAUUAUGAAUGCAGUCGGUAUAAGGAAAACCCCAACAUAGCCAACGAAUCCGCCCAUGCGCAAGCAAGGGAAGCGCUGAAGAAGUACCUCUUCUACUUUGAAAGGUGGGAGAAUCAUGCCAAGAGCCUUCGCCUGGAGGAGAUGACGCUCAGUGCCAUCAAGAACCGCAUCAACGGCAAGGUGAUGGCAAAUGAGGGAACCUGGAUCGAUUGGCAGUACCUGCUUGAUGCGGUCUCUCUCUUGGCCAAGUGCCGUUACACCUUACAGUAUACAUACCCUUAUGCCUACUACAUGGAACCUGGGCCCAGGAAGGAACUGUUCGAGUACCAGCAAGCAACCUUGGAAGCAGAAAUAGAGAAUCUCUCAUGGAAGGUGGAACGUGCAGAGACGACAGACAGAGGGGAGCUUGAAAACCAGAUGGACGUCGCCGAGAAGAGGCGCUCGAUUCUCCUCAAGGACUUCCUUGUCUAGCAGGGCAGAAGGCUCUAGUCACCUGUGCACAGACACAUGACUGUCGUACCGGCACACCAAAAAAAAAAAGAAGAAAAAAAUCUGACGCUACCGUGCCAGGACACUACUGAAGAAGAUGCUCGACUUGGGACCCCUGCUACUAAUCAGCGGGCGUCAUACCUCAUCAUCAUCACGUCUUUCACGUUUGCAGUCAUCGGUGUAACAUCGAGGCACAAAACUAAUUGGGGAUCUCUCCUCUUCCUGAACGGUAAAUUGCAAUUAACAGAGCAAAGAUGUGGGAAGCCUUCCACAGGCAUUCGGUGUUCCGUAAAAAGUGAGAACUAAAUUCGGAGGUACAGGUAAAGCCUUCCGGCAUGAGGGAGAAAAAAAAAAGGUAACGAGAGUUGUGGGAGCGGUUUUCUCAUCCGGGCAUUGUGCCAUUCCCAAACACGGUUUCCUGGUAAUCUGACUUGAAGGCUGUAUUUGUCGAUCGAUUUCUUUUGGUGGUGAUUCCGCUUCUGCCCGGCACUAUUAUUUUGCUAUUCCUUCUUGCUCUUUGUCAGUGGUCCGAGUCCUCCCAUGUUAUCACCAGGAUUGGCUGGUUGUCAACGGUGGAGGCCAAGAAAGAAAUCUUUACGUUAUACCAACCCUGGUUUCCUUAAUCGUGUUGAGAAGAGCACGGGGUGGGAGGUUGCGUACAAAAAUUAUGCGCAGUGAGUUAGCAUGCUUUGUUCUAUCUUUGUAGAGAGAGCUGCUGUGGUUGAAGGAAUUCAACUUCACUGCCCAUGCGGUGUCAUUGGGGUGAACUCAACAUCUGUGCGAUUGCACAAAUUUCGUGAUUUACAGUUCUUUUUUUCUCCCUUCAGGUGUGGCAGCAUUCUGUCGCUUCUUCUGAGAGCAUAGGAUUCUGUCCCUGGAAAUUUGUGUGCACGCCUCCUGUUGGCUAUCUAGCAGGCCGACGCUCCUUCUUGUUUUUCUAGCAUUUGGUGUCGCUGCCUAGCUUCCAAAAUGAAUUCAUUCUAGCUCGGUGGCCAAAAAUGGACAUGACGUCAUCAUAGUGACUGAACUAUGCCCGCAAAAGUGACGUUUCUUUCAUCCGAAUCGGGGACACAUCUGAUCGCCUUCGGUGCGGUUCACUGUUGUAGCGGCAAGCAUUUAUUCAUGUCGCAAGAUUUCUACUGGCAGUUGCCUUAAUGCACUCGGCUGCGAUGCGGUGUCAAGGUGAUCCUGACAAAAAGUAUGUUUCGCGUGUCCCAUAUUUGCUGAUUUAGUUAGUUGCCGCAUGCUGGGAGCGAUCUCCACGAAAAUGGUCAGUCGAGAAUUCCAGCCUUCUGUAAUCUUGCUCUCUAUGAUUGAAAAACUCCGCUGCAACGCAGAACAGGAAUUGCUGUACUGCGAGAGUGAUCUCCACGAAAGCAGUCGAUCGAGGAUACAACUUCUAGCUCUCUAAGGCCAAAAUAUCAUCACAGCACAGGAUAAAAAUCAUAGACUCUGGGAAAAAGCUUGCAUUGCAAAUGAGAAAAAAAAACUAACUCUUCUGAAGAGUUUUGUUCAACCAAUAGUUGCGCUGGAGCAGCAGGCUGCAUUUAACUUGGGGUCGAAGACACGUGGCAGGAAACAUUUAGGAGCAGUGAAUCCCCCUGUCUUUGCAUUGUCCAGUGACGUUAACAUGUUCCUUCUGCUGGCAACCUAGCAACCUUUGCACAUUGACGUCAUCUGCAAUGAAUCUUUCAGCUCCCACAAUUUCCACAGUUCUAGUGCAUAUUUGUGUUAAUUUAGGCGACACUUGUUCAUGCUGUCCUCUCUGCACUACUUUUCUUCAUAAAGCCUUCUGUAAGGGUAGAGUUCGGCUCCAAAUACUUUUAAGUUUUGACGCUUGGUGCAUUGUAGCAGACAUGGAAAUAGUCACGGUAUGUUGCAGUGACUUGUGCUUCAUACCUCAUCUUAAAAGAAGCUCGUUUGAAACUUUCGCUGCCACCAUCACUGUCUCUUCAGCCACGUGACUUCACGUUACCAAAGCCAGACUGCACAUGAAUUUGGCGCCAUUCAACUAGCAGAGUGUGCUGGAGAUGGACAAUAAUGGUAGAGUGCUAGCAAUAUGCUGGAGCAGUCCACUGGCCACACAGAUUAGCCGAGAGGAGGUGGCUUGUGAAAGCAAACUACUGAUUCUGAGUAAGAACGCUUCUUUGAGAAUGGACACGUGAAUUGAUGGGUGCUGGGAGCUACGUCUCGCUGCCCCGCCAUAAUGAGUUUUCUGGCCCUUAAGAUAAACCUGACAUUAGAUGUGUUCCUGUGAAUUGAGUCGGCACAGCUUCCUAGUAUGUUGGUUAUCAAGCUUCUAGUGGUUUGAAACUCUCGCAAGCCCAUUUGUGAACUCUUUAGAGCACAUAUAUUAUAACAGUGAUAACAGUUAUGGGCAUUUCCUUUCACUUGACAUGAUGGCAAUUAUCGGCAAGAUUGCCAAAUGCCUAAGAAAAACUGCGCCAAUAUAGUGCAUACAGAGGCACAGUGGUGUCAAAGUAUUGGACGUAGAAUAGUCACAAGGUCAAAAUAAGGGUACGUAACUCUAAAAGGGGUUGCGGUGAUUGCUGUGGCUGUGCUCUAGAUUAAUUCAGGAGUGUGUUCGCUUUUUUUUUUUUUUCAGUUGCACACAGCCACGUUAAUACAUGAAAAAGCUGCAGCUGUUGCAGUUGAAGACGUGCAUUUGUGAUCCCUGUAGUUUCCUCAUUAGGUACUUCAUUUUUUCACUCUCUCUUACUUCACUCUUGUUGUUUCUCCCAUUUGAUCUACAACUUAGCAGGGUUCUUAGUUUCAUACAACAAGCUCUUCACAGUAUGCCUUGCUGGGUACCUCACUUGCUUUUUUGGUAUCCACUGUCCACCGUGGCACAUUUUCUGACUGCUCUCAACAAAUCCCCCCUUUCAGCUAUCUAAAGGACCCACGUAGUUCUCAAAUAAUUUGAGAAACGCCACUUCAGUAACUCUUCCCCCUACAGAAGGCCUUAUUUCUCCAUGAUCUCUGGUGUGAGAACUUCCCAGUUGCUACUGUGACCAUGAUAGCAAAGCACAUUGUUACAAGUUUGUGUUUUGCUCUGCCCCUUCUGUGCUUUCUCUUGACAUAACAAUCCCAUCUCCGUAGCUGCUAAGACGACCAUACUCAUUGCUUCGUUUGUGUUAAAGGCCACUAGACGUUGCCUAUACAUGCUUCCCUGCGCACAGCACUGCAGAGAUGGAUCGUUGACUGAAAAAUAAUCAUAACAUAUUUUUUGUCACCUAUUUGCCUUUGAGGUGCAGAAGAUAACAGGUUGUUGCCCAAUAAGCCAGUUUUCUCCCACUAAUCAUGCACGUGCUUCAAAGUUUGCAUCUAUGAACCCACACUUUUCUUCGCUUGACAUUGUCUCGCCACCUGCUCAUGCUGGCAUGAGCAGGGGAGUAUCUGCUCCUAAACAUUUCUUGCUUCGUGGCAGGAGAUGAUGAAAUGACUACUGCUAGCCAUUAAAGAUGAGAGUAAAGCAAUAGUAAUGCAUGACUGGAGAGGUCUCAUUUAGGUGAAGGCAGCGUCUUUGUUGGAGGUGCCUUUUGAAGUAUGUCGAAGGGAAUGAAACAUGAUGCAAGCACUUUUGUUUACUACUGUGCCGACAGCUGAUUACCUCAAUCGGGUGCGUAGAUAAGGCAGGUUUUGCUGGUCACGUAGGAGCACCCCUCUCUGCAUUGAGAGUGUACUCUUCGAACUGAUCCAGUGUGAUAAUUGCAUUUUCAGAGUCUGUGAGUUCACGAGCUGUACACGACAAGGGCAAGGGCAAGGGAGACAAGGGCAUUCUUACAUGUGCUGCAAAAUUAAAUAUGUUAAGAAUUGCUUAUUCAUUGCGAAAGCACAUUUCUGCAGAAUGUCAGGUUGCCAGAUCGACGCAUGAUCUAGCAUUGAAACAACCUGGCAGACACACAUUGUGUAGAUGCCUAUUAAAAGAAAAAAUUCAGUUUUAAAUUGACCAGCAAAACAUGUUUAAAAGGUGUGGAAAAUAGAAAAAAAGAGAAUAGUGUACGAAGUGCUGCACGACAUCUUUAUACAACAUUUGCAAGCUUUUAGUAAUGAAUUUACAAGCGAACUCAAUGAAAGCAAAGAUCGAAGAUGUGCCAAUGCGAACGAAUAUGUGGGAACUGUUUGUAAGCUUUUUUUGUAUAUCUGUGUGCGCUGUUCCAAUGGCCAAGCCUGAAUUGCUACGUCAAGCAGUGUUUCUAAGAGAGAUGGGUAUUUGUUUGAAAUCAUGUUGGAAGAAAGGUGUGCUAUCCCUGUUACGGAAUGAGCUGGCAUUUUGAGAAAUCUUUUUUUCUGUUUUGUCUUUAAGUGAUCUCGUUGCACUUUUUUUUUAUGUACAGUUCUAUAUAUUAUACAUAGGUGGUACUAUACAUAAUUACAAAUUAAAGAAGUUGCUUCUUGUACAA